AGGUGACACGGCUUCAUUGACUUCAUCUCUUGUCCACCAAAGAUUGGCCUGACCUAUCUGCGGGAAUAUGAAGCUGAUCCAAGUUGUGCAGUCUGGAUACUGUUGCCAGGAAAAUUUGAAACCUGUAGGAGCAGGACCGUUUCCUCCGUCACCACUAAGCCUAAGCCUACUGGCAGGCAAGCAGACGUCACUUCCUUGCCCUAUCAACAUGGCAUCGAAAGAACCCGUCUCUGUCGUCUGGUUCCGCGUAGCAGACGCCAAGCUGAACUCGUCCAGCGGUUUACCUCAAAGUAUUGACAGCAACCAGGAACCAAAGAAAGCUUACGCCUUGGUGGCUCCCGAGCCGCCAUUGACCAUAGUGUUGGGAGCAACUGUUGGACUAGUGGACGGUGCCCACUGGAAGCAGCCAUCGUGGAUCGGCAGGGCAUUCUUUUCACUGCUCAGUGAUCCGCCCGCUUUGCUUCUCAACCAAUUGAAUCCCUCUGACACCGGAAGUUACGUGUGCAACGUUUCGUACCGCGGUGACAACGUAACCGACGCGGGUGUGACCAUAACCGAGGCCAUCGUUGAGCUGUUCGUCGCAGUUCCUCAGCAGCCGCCGGUUAUUAAGGACUCCCAAGGCAACCAACUUCGUGCGACAGCAGGGCCUUACGCUGAAGGCGACACCGCACGGCUGACUUGCGCUGUGCCGGCCGCCGACCACAAGCUCACGCUCGCCUGGAGGCGAAACGGUCAACCGCUGGGCUCUACGCUCGCUACUGUUGCGACGCCUAGUGGAGGAUGGGCGAACCAACUCGACCUCGGCCCUCUAUUCCGUGAAGAUUUGUUCGCAAACAUUAGCUGCGUGGCGACCAGUGACGUCACUCUGCCUGCAGAAAGCUCGGUGCUAAUCGACAUGUUCCUGCCGCCAACUGAAGUUUCCAUCUGGAGCGGGCCUCAUGAGAACGUUGAUGCUACUGAAUUGCCUGUAAUCGACCCCUCAGCAACUGGGACUACGUCUUCGGCUUGGGCUUCGACAUCCUUUCACGAGCACAGGACCGGUAUCUCGCACGUCUUCCAAGGAACUUCUCGGACCGGAAAUGCGCAUCCGGAUUCGGCUGGCGGUUUCUACGCUCCACGCCGCUUCGAGUGCGAGGCAACCGGAAGUCGUCCGCCAGCAAACAUCACGUGGUUCCUGGACGGACUGCCGUUGGACGAGCGUCUCAGUCGCACUCACACUGAUGGAAACGUGACGGCAAGCGUGCUUCUCCUGUCGACUCGGAAGCACGCGGGAAAGCUUCUCGAAUGUCGGGCGACCAACGACAAUUUGAGGGAACUCCGAGGAGUGCUCAGUCGCCAUAUCACCGUUAAUGUGUCAAACAAUCCAGAAGUGAGCAUCAAGCUAGGCGCUGGUCUCAACGCCAGCCACAUUACGGAAGGAGUCGACGUGUACAUGGAGUGCUCCGUCCUCGUCGCAUCGAGAGUCACCGACGUCACGUGGAGUCGUGACGGGCAAGAGCUGGGCGCUGACCUGGACGAGGGCACGGUGGUGACUUCUCGCUACUUGGUGAUCCGCCGCGUGACACCCGGCCACACCGGAAGCUACGCGUGCCGAAUCACCAGCGUCCGAGGCGACACCGUCGAGAGCACGCCGCUUCUCAUCCGCGUCAGAUACCCUCCGAGGUGCGAUUCCGAGGAAGAUCGCAUCCUGCACGUUGAGGAAGACGCCGCCGUCAACGUCACCUGCAGCGUGCGAGCUGAUCCUAGCGAAGGCCUGCGCUAUUUCUGGUGGCUCGCGGAGAACGCAACGGACGCCACGAAAGCCACGGGGAGAAGCCAACCUGCCCGCCGCAAGCCAGGGCGCGUUCCGCUCGUCACGACAUCGAACCGCCUGGAAAUCAUCGCCAACGCUUCGCUCUUGGAUGCGACGCUCGCGUGCUGGGCAGAGAACGGCGUGGGAACUCAGAGGAGGCGCUGUCGAUUCAAGUUCGUAUACAAGGGUGGGAACUCACCCGGCCUGACGUGCCGCGUGGGGAACUACACCGACAGCUCGUUCUCGCUGACCUGUUUCACGCCCCUCGUCAACGGCACGACGACGUCGUCAGCGAAAUUGAAGCAACAACAGCGACUCCGAGUGCAAGUGUUCGACACUGGGGCGGCCAACCGAUCCGAACGGAGCUUCUGGAGCACGGACCUGGGUCCAAUACUCGUCAACCGACUCCGCUCGGCCACCGACUACUUGGUCGUGGUUCGAAUGCCUCCGGAGGCGAGCUUUCGGACCUACGUGCGCACCCUGGGCCCGGCCCAAACACAGAUUGGUCAAGGAGACGUGAAGAGGAACACUCAUGGUGGAAGCUCGACACUGGUCCUGAGCGUCAUCGUGUUGGCAUGCAGUCUCGUUCUCACCCUGAUGGCACUGAUCGGCAUCUACUGCACUCACGCCCGCCAGAAGCGGAGGAGGAAGCGACAAAAGCCACCGGACAAGGAAUACAAGAGCGACACCGGCUCCACUGGUUGUGAAGACGUUGACUCUGUGCACAUUCGAGACCACAAGGCCUACCUCGUGGCGACAGAUCGCUGCUGACAGGGCAGACCACACGCGCAGUGUAAUACCGAACAUGCAUUGACAGUCAUCGAUACCAGACCGCAGAGCCAUGGAUAUAUCGCGAUGUGGAACCCCGUCCCAUGAUGAGCGGAGCAGCUAAGGAGGCUAGCUUUAAGGUCUUGUACUCAUAGAUACUUUGUUUACUUGUAGGUAGGCCUACUUCACUGUAUAAUAAAUAUUGCGCACUAUUAUUUCUUUCCCAAUUACCUCUGGUCUGUGCAAUGACACCUCUCCUUCUUUACACGGCAAAGUAAAAAGAAAAUAUGAACGACAUAGAGCACCAUUUGCGGUUAUACCAACACAUUCAACAAUUUCGUAUUGGCGCGUUUUUCUAUAAGGUCGGAUGAUAUUAUAUAGAAUAUUGGAUGCGUAGAUUACGUGACAUAUGAGA